ACAGCAGAUAUUCUUAAGCUCCAUGUGUUUCUCCUAAAUUUAUGCUUUUAGUCAGAAAUCGAAAGUUGUUUCCUCUAAUUAAGCAUUGCUUUUGAUUAUGAAUCUUAUUUACCAACUCCAAAAAGCUUGAAAUAAUGUCAAUUAUACCUACACUUCCCGAUUACAUCUUUACUGAAAGAUUGGGAAAAGGAUCAUAUGCGACUGUAUAUAAAGCAUACCAAAAGGGUAAUACAAGAGAUGUAGUGGCUGUAAAAUGCGUGCAGAAAUCAUCUCUAACUAAAUCAUCUGUUGAAAAUCUACUUACAGAGAUAUCUAUUCUGAAAAAAAUAAAACAUAAUCACAUAGUAGAGUUGAAAGAUUUUCAAUGGGACGAUAAGUGCAUUUAUUUAAUCCUUGAAUACUGCAGUGGUGGAGACUUAUCUCAUUUUAUUAGGUCAAAGAAACGCCUUCCUGAACCUUUAGUCCAGAGAUUUUUGCAGCAAUUAGCAAAAGCUCUUCAGUUUUUACGUUCCCAAAACAUUGCUCAUAUGGAUCUGAAACCUCAAAAUAUUUUACUUAGCAGUGUCAGUAAUCCAGUUCUCAAGCUCGGAGAUUUUGGUCUUGCUCAAUAUUUGAAUCCUGACAGUGAAGCCACUUCUAUGCGUGGUUCACCUUUAUACAUGGCCCCUGAAAUUCUUCUAAAGCACCUUUAUGAUGCCAGAGUAGAUUUAUGGUCUGUUGGAAUCAUACUAUAUGAAUGCCUUUUUGGUGAAGCUCCAUUCUCAUCAAGUACUUUUGCAGAACUUGCAGAGAAGAUUAAAAGUUCAAAUCCUAUCCAACUUCCAUAUGGUGCGCAGGUAUCAGAAAAAUGCAAAGAUUUGAUUUUGAAAUUAUUGCAAAGGGAUCCUAAUAAACGUAUAACUUUUGAUGAGUUUUUCAAUCACCCAUUUGUAGAUCUUGAGCACAUGCCUACUGAAGAAACUUAUUCAAAAGGAGUAGAACUUAUACAUAAAGCAGUUAAAUCUGAUGUUGACGGUGAAUAUGAAAGUGCUAUUAAUUUUUACAGUCAAGCGCUGGAUUACUUGGUUCCACAUCUGUUUCAUGAAAAAGAUCGCAGUAGAAGAAAGGAGAUGAGGAAAAAAUUUAUAGAAUAUGUUUCUCGAGCAGAAGAGCUUAAAAAAUUAUCCAAAAUGAAAAUUCAGAGCCAGAAAAACGAUAAUACAGAAAGUAUAUCCAACUCCAACCCUAGUUUUGAAGAAUUACUUCAAAGCAAACCUGAGCUUAAGAAAGGAAUAUAUCUUGCUGCACAAGCUGAUGCUCUGGUAUCAAGUGAAUGCUAUGAUGAUGCCAGUGAAGUUUAUAAAGUUGCUUUAGAAUUAAUGAUUUCUGCAGUAUCUGGUGAACCAGCAGGACCUAGAAAAGAUCUGUUAUAUACUGAGGUAGAUAAAUGGAUGCAAAAAGCAGAAGAUUUAAAAUCUUACAUUUCAAUUCGCAAACAAGAGAAAAGAUUGGCAAGGCUUAGUAGCAUAUCUGAAACAGUUAGUUAUGACAAAAGCAAAGAACAAAUUGAAUCAACAUGCUUGAUACAAUAAUUAUCAGUCUGUUUAUUCUCUUUGUAUUUUAUCAUUUCAUCAGAUGUCAUUAUAAAUGAACUGGAUAUUUCAGUGGAAAUAAGACUGUAG